AUGGCCCAAGAUAUUUCACGCCUUGUGCGCGAGGUUGAGCGCGUUGUCACUGCGCCAUAUGUUCCGUCGUUGCAAGAUUUGUAUGCGCUUGUGCAGACCGAUGCCAGACUAAAAAUUCGAUAUUGGAGUACACAGAAGCCAUGUCAGGUCGGCUUGCUAGUUGAUGUUUUGGUUGACGCACUAUCGCGGUCGCGAAUAGCCCUUCCGUUGCUCAGCGUUUUUGGCUCAGAGGUACACUUUAGAGAUGCGUUUCUCCGUCGACAUCCAGCGACAUUGGCUGCUUUCGUCGAGAGGGCUGCUGGAACCGGAGAUCCCGAAUACAUCUCUGUGUCUACCACAAUUCUUUCUCAGCCUCUACCUUCAGGCUUCAUUCCACCGAUGAGAAUUGCCGACCUCAUUACAAUGCUUGUUUCCCGAGUAGCAGAGGAACCACGCGCUGAAAAUGUCCUUCCUCUGCACAGCAUUAUGAAUGGCCUCCAAGGCUCUUUGCUCAUACGCCAUGAGAUUCCAUUAGAAGUAAUGGGAAAAAUGCAAUUGGAGUUCACGAAGGCCCUUCGGAACUUGGAUGAUCAUAUGGGCAACCUCUUAUGCCUAGCGACCUUUGCUCGAAUCGUAUCGCCUCAAUGCCAGAACAUCGGCAACCAGCACGGACCAGAGGCCCCGUCCUGGCUUCUUAAUAUUCAACAUUUUUUCGGACCAAAGAGAGGUCUCAAGACAUUGGACUUGGUUGUCCUCCGUGUCAUUUUGGCCUGCUCAGUAAACUGCAACAACUUAGCUCCAUCCCAAGCGGCCGAAAGUAUCCGACUCGCUAUUUGCAUCGCUGAUGCUAUUGAUCCGGAGCAAAAGCAGGCUUGGAUGUCUACAAAUUCGCCGAAGAUCGCCAAACUAUGUGAGAAAGUAGCAAGAGACGACCUCGAUCAGGAAGUCCAGAUGAUGGGUGUGGCUUUCCUAUUAUGUAUUUUCCCCGUCGCUAAUUUGCCUUCCCAUACCCGGGAGCUUGGCCUUAAUGUGCUCCUUUCGAAGGGUAGCCGAGGGGUGAUGGGAGUCAUGCCCCAUCAUCUCAUACCAAGGCUAGCGGAGUCAGUGACUCAAACGGACGGAUCCGUGAUUUACCACCUCUUAAGAUUUGUGUUUGAGGCUGUGCAAAAUGACGCCUUACCUGACCGUAACUCCCUAUCUGAUCUCCACUUGUCCGGGAUGAUUCUUUCAGGGCUUCAAAAUUCAAAGUCUCCUGUGUUAUCUUCUGCAAUUCUGGACUCGGUCUCAACCCAGCAGACUAUUGCGAAUAUACUUGAGGCCUUCCCGAUCGUUUCAAGCCAGGCGCAAUGUGAAGGCCUAGAGACCUGCCAUAUUGCUAAAGUGGAGCUGCAAAACAAAAUCUUGCUAACAUUGUUUGAAAUCUACUUCGCAGCAGUAUUGACCCGCAGUGGCGAUGAUCAGGGUGUAAUUAUGAUGAAAGCCUUUGUUGACCGAUCUGCGAGCUCCCUUAGCAAUGGCAUCUGCCGAUUCUCAGUCUCUUGUCAAAGCAGCCUCCGAGGCCAAGCCUCGUUGAACUCCCUUCCGAACCUUCCGUCCUCGCAAGUUCCUCGCGACUGGCGUACUUGCAUCACAGAAUCAUUCAAGCAAAAUGCUCAAGAAUCUCACCAAACUUUGAUGGAGAAGAUUGAAGAAGUUUGCUAUGACCUGGAGCGCCGGUGCUACGAAGUCGAAGCCCCUCUACGCCUCGCAGAAGCCGAGUGUGAUAGAAAAAUACUGGAGACAGAGGUCCUUCUGCGCCAAAAAGAGCAACUGGAGAAGAAACUCGAGGAGGCUGCGCAAGUGCUGUCUGACCUGAGACAGGAAGUAAAUGACCAGGAAGAAAAUACGGAGUCUAUGUCUGGCCAAAUAAAACAGCUGUCCAUGUCGCUUAAUGCCGCAAGAAGCCAACUAGAAGCGCAGUCCAACCACAGCGAAGAGAUUAUUCGGCAAGAAAAAGAACAGGCCCGAACUCGGGAGCUGGACUUGAUUGCAAUUUCCACUGAAAAAGAUGAUCAAAUCGAGGAUCUUCAAGAAGAGGUGCAUCGACUUCACUCCGAGAAAGCACAAGUACAACAAGCCUUAGACAAUGCUGCAAAGGAGCAAGCCAUCUUGUCUACCACUUUGCGACAUGAAGUAGCUGAGCUGAAAGAGCAACUUGAAAAAAGCUCGCGUGUUAGCGCUCGCAAAGAAGAUGAAAUCAAGCGCCAUCAAGCCGACGCCGAGGAUAUGCGAAUGGAAAUGGAGACGAUGAAAACAAUGGCUGAGCAACAAACACUUGAAGCUGAGAGGUUCCGCUCUACUUUGCAAGAAGUGGAAGCCAAGAGUCGACUCGAAAUGGGAGAAUUGAAGGCCAAGCAUGGGAUUGAAAACAACCAGGUCCAUGAAGAGCUGGAGCAUGAAAAGGAGAAGAACGAGCGCCUACUUUCAGCCAUGCAUGAAGCCACACACAACGCAGCAAACGAAGUUCAAAUGAAGAACAAACACAUUGCCCAGUUGGAGCGCAAAAUUCAGUUGUUGCAUGAUGAAAGGGCGGCCAAAGCUCGAGAAUUCUCAGAAGCGCAAGAGCACAUCGGGCGUCUGAUGAACGUCAUGGGGUUUGUCCCUCAGCAGCAAAUACCCGCAACAUCAAGCAAGCAUCAACGGGCCAAAAGUUCCGAGAGGAAAAGCUCAAGGGAUACUGGGAAGCAAGCCUAUGACGAAGAGGAAACUCACCUAGCAGAGUCUUUUGAUACCAUGGCUUUUGAUCCCCGAGAGCGAAGUCCUAAGCGACCCAAAGGAAACAGCCUCUCAACCAACCUAGACCAGCUACUGCCUCCUAAGACACCCUUAGUACCGAGAAAAAAAAAUGGGCCCGAGCACCGAAAGCCCCCAAACCCCUUCCCCUCGGAAGCCUCUUCAAGAGAUGUGCUCCAACAGCUCCAAGAACCCCGCAAAAUCGAUAUCAAGUGA